CCGAGCGGUGGUGCAGCAUCCCGCCUCUGGUCUCCGCUCGGGCAGGCAGCUGAUCCAAGGUCUGUCUCAGAGAGCAGCCACGAGUGCCAGCAGGAUGUGGUGGAUCAGCCUCCUGGCUCUGCUGCUCCCGGCAGUGAAGGCCAGCGUGUACCCAGAGGAGACGCUGGAUUCCCCGUGGGAGCUGUGGAAGAAAACCUACCGCAAACAGUACAAUGGCAAGAUGGACGAGCUCUCACGGCGGCUGAUCUGGGAGAAGAACCUCAAGUACAUCAACACCCACAACCUGGAGUUCUCUCUGGGCAGUCACACCUACGAACUGGCCAUGAACCACCUGGGGGACAUGACCAGCGAGGAGGUGGUGCAGAAGAUGACCGGGCUGAAGGUCCCGCUGUCGCACGCGCGCAGCAAUGACACGGUCUACGUUCCCGACUGGGAGGAGAAGGUGCCAGACUCGGUGGACUGGAGGAAGAAGGGCUACGUGACGCCGGUGAAGAACCAGGGCCAGUGCGGCUCCUGCUGGGCGUUCAGCUCCGUCGGGGCGCUGGAGGGCCAGCUUAAGCGCCGCACCGGGAAGAUGCUCUCCCUCAGCCCCCAGAACCUGGUCGACUGCGUGACCAAAAACGACGGCUGCGGGGGCGGCUACAUGACCAACGCCUUCGAGUACGUGAAGGAGAACAGGGGCAUUGACUCGGAGGACUCCUACCCCUACGUCGGGCAGGAUGAAAACUGCAUGUACAGCCCUACCGGCAAAGCCGCCAAGUGCCGCGGGUACAGGGAAAUCCCAGAAGGGAACGAGAAGGCCUUGAAGAGAGCCGUGGCCCGGGUGGGGCCUGUGUCUGUGGGCAUCGACGCCAGCCUCUCCUCUUUCCAGUUCUACAGCCGAGGUGUGUACUACGAUGAAAGCUGCAAUGCUGAGAACGUCAACCACGCGGUGCUGGCGGUGGGCUACGGCACGCUGAAAGGCAGCAAGCACUGGAUCGUCAAGAACAGCUGGGGAGAGGAGUGGGGCAAUAAAGGUUAUAUCCUGAUGGCCCGGAACAUGAACAACGCCUGUGGCAUCGCCAACCUGGCCAGCUUCCCCAAGAUGUGAGCCCGCCGUCCCGAGCGCUGUUCCACGGAAGUGGCUGGAUUCCUGAGCUGGCAUCGUGGAGUAUCGGCCUCUCUGGCUGCGGCACGGGCUCCGCGGCCGCGGCUGGCUCCUACUUGGCUCCUGUGCUGUUUCGUGCUUGCAGUUUUUUCUACUCUGCCCUCCUCCCCUUUCGACUGGCAGACUCAGACGCAGGAUCGUCCUUGUUCUAGGAAACUUCCCCUAUAUCUCUACCUCCCCCCAAAUAGAGGCACCUCCCUCCCCCGGGUGAAAGUCGAUGACUGUGGAUAACACAUACAAUGAAUUGUCGUCCUAUGUGCGGGAGGGGUAGGAAUUAAAAUGCUCACCCUGCAGCUCAGGAGCAGGCCUCUCCAGAACAGUAGCCAGCACGUGUCCUAAACUCUGGAUCUGCCCUGCGGCAUCCCUUCUUUGCAUGCACCAGCCCGUGUAAUGCAUGCCCUGCUGCUGAGCUCUGUCCUGACCAGACAGACACACAGCUCUGAGGGAUUGUGUAGCCCAGAUUCUGAAACCUUGGGAUGCAGCAGCAAAGUGUGUGUGUGUGGGGGGGGGGAUUGCCUGGAUUUCACCUCCUGGUGAGGUUCUGCAUGUGGCUUCAUGUUCCCCUGGCCUGUCUGUCCUCUGUUGGCUCUCUGGGGAUGAAAGGGGAAGGUGCUUUGCCUGUCUUCUGGCAUUUAUGGCCACAGCAGUGCACACUCCACAUCCCGUUCACUCUUGCAGCCAAUGUUCCCUUUAAUUUUUCCAUUCGUGUGCAGAAUAAACUUUGUUCUGUGCACCGAGGCAUGCGUGGAUGUGCACCACCAGUAGAAACACCUGCUGCCAGCCGUGGGUGCUCUGCUAAUCCGCUGGGCGGCGUCUGAAUCUCUUCUGGGUGGCUGCCCAAGUGCUCUGCUUACAGGGAACCCUGCUUUGCAGCCCUCCCCCAGUGUUGACAGGUUCUGGUGAGACUGACAUGACUUUGUUUUUAAAUAAAUCCAGUUGGGAAUGACCCGGAA